CUCAUUCUUCUUUUCAAGACAUAAAUCGGAAAAGCUGAGUGAUCCUGGUGUGAUUGUGUCUAUAUAAAGUGAAGAUUGUAACCUCUGGUCCGAAAGGGUCUGGCUGCUUCCACAUCGCUUUGCUCAUCACAAGUGGACAACAAGAGGUGGGUUCUGGUUCCCGGUCUCCUUUGCAGUAUUUUACAGAAUACGGAAAGAUUCUGUGCACAGAACAAAGCGACAUGGUUCAGCAUCAUAUCACUGCCCCGCUGAUCGUGGUCUCCAACCGCCUGCCAUUCGUUUUGCAGAGGAAUAAGGACGGAGAACUUUCGAGGAAACCGAGCGCUGGGGGUUUGGUCACUGCUGUAGCCCCUGUCGUGGUAGACUGCGGUGGUCUCUGGAUUGGGUGGUCAGGACUGCACACUGAAGAACCACUGGAAUUUAUUCCUGAGUCAGAUCCUGAUGAUAAAGCACCCACGGCUGGGCUCCUCUCCAAACAGGUAAUAGCAGUUCACAUCCCAGAAAGAGAGUUCGACGAUUUCUACAAUGGAUGCUGCAACGGAACAUUCUGGCCGCUCUUCCAUUCGAUGCCAGACCGUGCAGUUUUCAAGGCCCACACUUGGGAUGCUUAUUGCAGAGUGAACAAGGAAUUUGCCAGUCGAACAUUGGAAGCCUUGCGGAAGUCAGCGAAAGAGUUGGAUGAUCAGGAGAGGUUUGAGACAUGCCCAGUAGUGUGGAUACACGACUACCAGCUGCUGGUGGCUGCUACCACUAUCCGACAGGUGGUUGAAGAGGAAAAACUGAGGUGCAAGCUAGCUUUCUUUCUUCACAUUCCGUUUCCUUCAUGGGAUAUAAUGAGGCUCUUCCCGUGGGACGAUGAAAUACUUCAAGGAAUGUUGGCCUGCGACAUGGUGGGCUUCCACAUUGAGGACUACUGCCUCAAUUUCAUCGACUGCUGCUCGCGGCGUCUGGGAUGCAGGGUGGAUCGCAACAACAUGCUGGUGGAGCUGGCAGGUCGCACCGUCCAUAUCAAGGCACUGCCCAUCGGAAUUCCCUUCGAUCGCUUUGUGCAGCUAGCCGAAAACACGCCACGGUUCCUCAAACUGGCAGAGUCUGAGAAGAUCAUCCUCGGCGUCGAUAGACUGGAUUACACAAAAGGUUUAGUUCACAGGAUUCUGGCAUUUGAACGCCUGCUGGAGAAAUAUCCGGAGCACGUGGAGAAAGUGACGCUGUUGCAGAUCUCUGUCCCCUCACGCACAGAUGUUCGAGAAUACCGUCAACUCAAAGAGGAGAUGGACCAACUUGUGGGACGCAUCAAUGGCCGCUUCUCUAUGCCCAACUGGUCUCCUAUUCGUUAUAUCUACGGUGGAGUAACCCAGGAACAGUUGGCUGCUUUCUAUCGUGACUCUGCCGUAGCCUUGGUCACGCCACUCAGAGAUGGAAUGAACUUGGUGGCAAAAGAAUAUGUAGCAUGCCAAAUCAAGGAGCCUGGAGUUCUCAUACUGUCACCAUUUGCUGGUGCUGGUGGCAUGAUGCAUGAAGCUCUUGUGGUGAACCCCUAUGAGAUUGACAAGGCUGCUGACACAAUUCACAGAGCCCUUCACAUGCCACUGGAUGAACGAGAGGUGCGCAUGAAACAACUGAGACACCGAGAACAGCAGAUGGAUGUCAAUUACUGGAUGAAUUCAUUCCUUGCCAGUAUGGGUGCUGUUAAUAAUUCAGACGAAGCUGAUCCUCUGUCAACUAAGAUGACACCACUGACUCUUGAUGAUUUUGAUCAAUACUUGAACAACCACGUGGACACAAUUUGCAAACUGAGCCUCAUUCUGGAUUAUGAUGGGACUCUGGCACCUCUAACCUCACACCCAGACUUGGCAAUUAUGCCAGAAGAAACAAAGCGUGUUCUGGAGCGUUUAUCUAACAUGCCAGAUGUAAACAUUGCCAUAAUUUCAGGUCGAAACCUAGAAAAUGUGAAGAAGAUGGUGGGACUGGAUCAACUCACAUAUGCAGGGAGUCAUGGAAUUGAAAUACUUCACCCUGAUGGAACCAAAUUUGUUCAUCCAGUACCAUUUGAAUAUGCUGAGAAACUUCGAGAACUGGUACACGAUCUGGAGAAGGAAGUGGGUCAUAGUGGAGCCUGGGUAGAACACAAAGGUGUACUUCUCACUUUCCAUUAUCGGGAGACUCCACCACAGCAGAGGGAUGAAAUUGUGAGAAGAGCUUGCAACAUUUUCCAAAAAGCUGGAUUCGAACCUCAUGAAGCACAUAUGGCAAUCGAAGCCAAGCCUCCAGUCAAAUGGGACCAAGGUCGGGCAUGCAUCCAUAUUCUACGUACCAUGUAUGGGGCAGACUGGUCUGAGAGAGUGAGGAUUGUCUAUGCUGGCAAUGAGGCUGCCAUGCAGGCCUUGUCUGGCAUUGCCUGUACAUUCAGAGUGGACUCAUCACCAACAGUGAGAACAGGGGCCAACUUUCGACUUGAGGGACCAGAUGCUGUACUUACAAUGUUAAAAUGGGUGGAGAAACAGAUGAACAAAAGGUCACCUCGCCUCACACGUUCCCCUCGGCUCAGCAGGUCACCAAAACAUCAAAGAAAGCAGAACAUGCUUGACUAUAGUUUAAGUUUCGAAGAUGAAGAAGACAUAGGCGGUAACACUUCUUCAACAUUUUUGACUAAUGGAAGACAGAAACGUUAUAACUCAAAUUGCCGCAGCUCAAAUUAAUAGCUUCAGCUAAAAAAAACAGUUGUACUGCAAAAUGGUAGUUAUGUCAAGGUCAGUUUUAAUCAACUGAAUAUGUUUGGCCAGAUGCAGUUCAACUACAUAAGGUCUAGUCUGGUACAUGAGCUAAUUUUGACUAUAAAGUAUGCACAAAAAAUUAUCAUUGCAUAAUCAGUAUGUUAAAAACAAAAAAAGGUGUGAGCAUUGGAGUACAAUUUGUCCCAUUCCAGUGCCUGUACUCAUUACUCUACACUGGUGUUUCCGAAAAUGAACACCUGUAAUGUAUUAUUCUGAAGCAAAUUAAAUUAAUUUAAAAAAUAAAUAGUAUAUGCUGCCAGUAUUCAGCUUUAAAAUAAAUGUGAGUACAGUGAAACACAUUAUAACAUAAUUCCAGGGGAUCUGCCCAUUUUUCUGUUUCAGACAAAUGGUAAUUAAAGUGUCCUAUUAAGAGACAAAAAAUAUUUCAUCAUACAUCUCCCAUGUAUAUAUGUUUUGUGAUGCAAGAAAUACAAGCUACGAGUAUAUUGUA